UGGAGUUGCAAAAAGCACAUGUGACUUUCGACCGGUGAAGGAUUCACGAAUUUAUCUUCGAUGCCGUUCAAAGUGGAGUAGCUGGUACCAAUGAGUCAUUGAGACGCAUUUGUGGGGACAACUUCGUCCGCUACAACGAUGGCUUCCGAAGAUGACAGUAAUCUAAGAUCAUUGGAAGCAUUGAUGUCUGAAUUCUUUGCAAGUAGUACAACCAAUGAAAGGAAGCGACAAAUCGAAGAGUUACUGAAUAAUUUCAGCGCACAAAGUGGAGCAUGGCGGCAUUGUUUCUUUUUCCUGUCGCACACAUGUAACGAGUAUGUGAUGAUGUACUGCUUGACCGUUUUUGAGAACGUCAUCAAUCGAACAUGGAUCGGUAUACCCAUGGAGGACAAGCUUGAAAUACGCAACAGUCUUUCUAAAUUAUUAUUAACGCGUCACAAAUCAGUGCCUCCUUUUAUACGUAAUAAGUUGGUCAAAGUAUUGGUGGAUAUUGGACGACUUGAUUGGCCGCAUUAUUACCCAGAAUUCUUCACUGAAAUAUUCCAGCUCAUACAACAGAAUGGAACAUCAGCUCUUGGGUUAAUCAUACUACAGACCACCUCUGAAGAGUUGGCAUGUCCACGAGAAGAUCUCAGCGUUGCUAGGAAAGAAGAACUGCAUUCCUUGUUGCUACAACAAGUACCAACUAUACUUAGUUUACUUACAGGUGUAUUAGAAUCUGUUUUAGACAAGCAUCGUCAUUUGGUAACCACGGCAACACCUCCUCCUUCACCAACGCAUGAUGAUUCCAGUUCUAACAGCCCUACAAGUCAAAAGACGUUUGCUAUGUUUAGUACAUCACCACUGCAGUCAGGGAGUAUACUAAGCAGCAUGUUUCAGUCGCCUGGCAGCAGUAAACAAAACGUCCAACCAUUGCCGCCAUUGGAUCAGGAUAGCGAACAACUAAGUGGACUAGCUUUGAGUUGCUUGAACCAUCUCUUCAGCUGGAUUCCGUUAUCAACAAACAUCACUCCAGCAUUACUAACUACGAUAUUCCAGUUUGCGAGUUUCGGUUGUGAUAUUAACACUGUACAAAACAAUCCAUCAUUGUCACAAGGUCAUACAAGUUUCAGUAAAACAGGAAGCUCAAACUUGGGUGUUCUUGCUAUGUGUUGUAUCAAUGAACUUAUGUCCAAGAACUGUGUGCCAGCUGAAUUUGAGGAAUUUCUACUUCGGAUGUUUCAGCAGACAUUCCAGUUAUUGCAGAGAUUAACUAAGGACACCACCGCGCAAUCUGUUGGAAAUAAAUUAGCAGAACUAGACGAGAAUUAUAUUGAAAAAUUUACAGAAUUUUUAAGAUUAUUUGUUAGUGUGCAUCUGAGACGGUUUGAAGGCAAUUCACAGUUUCCAUUGUUAGAACUUUUAGCGCUGCUCUUCAAAUAUACUUUUAAACAGCCAAACAAUGAAGGCUUCUAUGUGUGCUUAGAUAUAUGGAUGGUGUUCAUAGAUUAUCUUGUCAAUGAAACAAGGUGCCGGACUGCAGAGAGAGAGGAAGUAGUAAACAGGUAUAAGGAUGCCUUGGUCAGUUUGGUUAGUGAACUCAUUCAUAAACUUCAGUUUCGUUUUAAUCAAUCACAGUUGGAAGAAAUGGACGAUGAAACUCUGGAUGAUGAUUGUGAAACUGAAUGGCAGUAUUUUCUACGACAAUGCAUAGAAGUAGUGGCAAGGGUUGCUGAACUCCUCCCAAAUGAAGUGUUCAGUUUGAUGUACCCACCAUUCCAAGACUAUUCUGAAGUAUAUUUGGGUUUACAGCAAUUUGUAACUGGUUCAGACAAUGAUCAGAGAAGAUUGAAUAUUUCUGUAGAAACUGAUUGUCGUCGCCUUCAUUGUACAUUGCGUGAUCUAUCAUCAUUAUUGCAAGCAUUGGGUCGGCAUGCAGAUCAUUUCAUUGCCGAUAAGUUUACUGAUAGAUUACAUGAUGCCUUGUCACUCAUGAAUAGGUUGUGUCAGUGUUCUGUAUAUGGUACCAAAAUGAGACUGUAUGAUGUACAUACUCCAAUACCAACCGUACUGAGACCAGAUUUUAUUCAAGUUCACGCCCAGGCAUUGGCAGCCCUGCAAGCAUUUAAUCAGUGGGUGGCGCAGUUCUACCUCGAAACACAGCGACAUGGAAAAGAGCAAGAGCAGUUUGUUGCCAUGGUGACUACAAUGGUGGAUGCUCUUACACCACUAUUAGCCAAGGGAGUACCUGAUAAAAUCGCCAUAUCAGCAGCUCAUCUGUUCCUCUCCAUAGCUACCAGUAUACGACCGGCAUUUCUCAUGCAGUUACCAAACGUACAGAAAUUAUUUAACGAUGUCAGUGGAGGCUCACUGAGUACGUUACCCAUAGAGGUGGAACUGCUUGUAUACCGGGCAUUGUCAAAUAUACUGAUUCUACCAUGGCCAAACAUUGCAGAGACUGAGCAGCAAUGGCCAGCCAGAUCAGCCAAUCAUCUGAACUAUAUCAAAAGACUGACAGAGCAAUUCAGGAAUAUUCAGAAAUUUCCUUUUACUGAUGACAAACAACGACAAGAAACUGCCAAACCGUGUAUAAAGAAGACCCUGACCAUACUGGUUGAUUUAGUUGAGUCUGUGAGCGGUGAGGUGACCAAGACAAAACAGAUAUGUUAUACGUCAUUGCAAGACUCAAUACAGUUUACAAUAUCAAUAUUUCCUAUCCAUAUCAGGCAACCAGAUGUGGUUGAAGAGAUUUUAAAUUUUUUUUUGGCCGUGUUUCAGUCUCUUCGUAUUCAGAUGGGUGUCUCAUUUACAGAACAAGCCAUCCAGACAUUUAUGAAUUUGUUCACAAGGGAGCAGUUGGCAGAUACCAUUCUGAAUGAUGGGAGUACUGGCUGCAGAAUUGUUGAAAAAUUUCUAAGAAUUUUACAGAUUUUGGUUCAAGAGCCAGGAUCAGCAAGUAAAAGGUUUCUACCCAGUAUUAUAACACUAUGUAUGGACCAAAUAUAUCCCAUAAUAGCAGAGAGAUCUUCACCCGAUAUCAAGUCUGUAUUAUUUGAACUACUACAUUUACUAUUACUCUACAAUUGGAGAUAUUUCUUCAGAUCAUCUGUAUUAGACAGUAUGAAGUCUGGGAAUGAAACAAUGGAGAACCAACCACGGUUUGUGGCUAUCAUGCAGGCGUUUGGUCAGUCUUUCCUCCAGCCAGAUAUAGCAAUUUUCAAACAGAAUUUGGAAGCCCUGGAGACUCUUAACACCAAAUGGAAACUGUAUUAUAAGAAAUAUUUUCGAGAAGUAAUGUUAUUCCAGUUUUUGAACGUCCUUCUCCAAGUGUUGGUACACAAAUCACAUGAUCUUCUCCAAGAGGAAAUCCUGAUUACAGUUUACAACAUGGCGUCGGUGGACUUCGAUAAUUUCUUCAGUAACUUCCUUCUUCAGUUUCUUGCGUCAUGUGAUGGGCUAGAUCAUGACCAGAAAGCGGCCUUGAAUAGCAAGUUUAGUAUGGAUAGGGAUUUGCCGUCAUUUACACAGAGCUUGCGUCGACUUGUGAAUGACCUACGAUACUUUCGAAUCCAGAAUUCAGCUCUACCCGAGGGAUCUGUAAAAUUGUAACAAAUUCACGCUUCUGUAGUCAAGAUUUAUUCAUCAAAGAUUUUUUGUCAUUAUUAAUUUAUUUUGGUAAUAUAAGUGAUCUUAUUCCCUCACAGUCCGACUUUCGUCUGACUAAUUUCAAGCCGUUUUAUUUUAAAUGACAGCUGCGGUAUGUGUAUAUUACAUCGUCAAUGUCAUUUGAUAAUGUAAUCGCAUACUUUUAAUACAAUAAUGGUUGUCAGACACAACAGUGCCAUAGGCGAUUUUCAGUUCACUGCGAGAUCUCACGUAAUGCAUGAAAGCCACAAAUCAAACGCCUGUCACAAAAAAUGAUUUGAUUUUGAACCUUAAUUUCUUUUUUUUUUGAGAUUCAGAGGGGAAUGUAGUGUUGAGAUACUUGUAUUUGACCAUCAUCAAAUGUGUGCAACACAUUAUCAGGCAUGGAAAUACUCAAAAUAUACUUGUUUGUUGAUUCCCACGCAAUGUCUUCACAUUACUGCAAUGCUAUAUAUAGCCUUUGUUUGUCCUAUUUUUUACGUUCGAUUUCAUGCUUAAAGCAAGAUCUUGCAGUGAAAACGUCUAUUUCAAGUUUCAAAUAGUCUCUAUAUGGUUAAUUGAUUUUACACUGACUGGAAUCAUGAUCAUUUGUGCUAUUUGACUACAAGCUUAUAGUGAGACUACUGGGGAAGCUAAAUCGAUCUAACUUCCUUGUGACCACUAAAUUACUAUAAUCAUAACCUGAAAAUCAAGCUGCCCCAUUCAACUCUAGGAUGUCUGAAUGCCAGAAUACAGAUGAAAAAGUAAAGCAGAGAGGGCAUACCUUCUGUCAAAGACAUUGGGGAGGCUUAUCUGGUGAAGAUACAGAUUACUCAAUUGUUAAAAUAUUGCUAAUUUCAUUUGGGUCAAUUUAUUUUGAAGGUCAAGAUGAAAAAAAUUGGCGCUAUAAACACAUAAACC